UUGCUCACAGAUUUUAUCCUGAUGGCUGACUCGAAACCACUCUUCUCCCUUGAUGGGGACCCGAUGGCUGCCGAAGCCUUGCUCCGGGAUGUGUUUGGGAUUGUGGUGGAUGAGGUCAUUCGGAAAGGGACCAGUGCUUCGGAGAAGGUCUGCGAGUGGAAGGAGCCAGAAGAGCUGAAGCGGCUUCUGGAUCUGGAGUUGCGCAGCCAGGGCGAGGCACCAGAGCAGAUCCUGGCGCGGUGCCGGGCGGUGAUCCGCUAUAGCGUGAAGACCUGUCACCCGCACUUCUUCAACCAGCUCUUCUCAGGGUUGGAUCCCCACUCUCUGGCCGGGCGCGUUAUCACUGAGAGCCUCAACACCAGCCAGUACACUUAUGAAAUUGCCCCGGUGUUCGUACUCAUGGAAGAAGAGGUGCUGAAGAAACUCCGGGCCCUGGUGGGCUGGAGCUCUGGGGAUGGGGUCUUCUGCCCUGGUGGCUCCAUCUCCAACAUGUAUGCCAUGAACCUGGCCCGCUAUCAGCGCUACCCGGAUUGCAAGCAGAGGGGCCUCCGGGGACUGCCACCCCUGGCGCUCUUCACAUCAAAGGAGUGUCAUUACUCCAUUAAGAAGGGAGCUGCUUUUCUGGGACUUGGCACCGACAGUGUCUGGAUAGUCAAGACAGAUGAGAGAGGGAAAAUGAUGCCUGAGGAUCUGGAGAGGCAGAUCAGUCUGGCUGAGGCUGAGAACCUGCUCAGGCGCUGCCACGGCUCCCAGGCCAGCUACCUCUUCCAGCAGGACAAGUUCUAUGACGUGGCUCUGGACACCGGAGACAAGGUGGUGCAGUGCGGCCGCCGUGUGGACUGUCUGAAGCUGUGGCUCAUGUGGAAGGCUCAGGGCGGGCAGGGGCUGGAGCGGCGUGUGGACCGGGCCUUUGCCCUUGCCUGGUACCUGGUGGAGGAAUUGAAAAAGCGAGAAGGAUUUGAGUUGGUUAUAGAGCCUGAGUUUGUCAACGUGUGUUUCUGGUUCGUGCCCCCCAGCCUGCGGGGGAAGCAGGAGAACCCAGAUUACAGUGAAAGGCUGGCUAAGGUGGCCCCAGUACUCAAGGAGCGCAUGGUGAAGGAGGGCUCCAUGAUGAUUGGCUACCAGCCCCAUGGGACCCGGGGCAACUUCUUCCGUAUGGUUGUGGCCAACCCUGCACUGACCCGGGCCGAUAUGGACUUCCUUCUCAAUGAGCUGGAACGGCUAGGCCAGGACCUCUGA